AUGGCUCAAAAAGUUGAAGUAAAAGGAGGAAAAGGAGGUAACCAAUGGGAUGAUGGAUCGGAACACGAUGCUGUGACCAAGAUUCAGGCCGCAGCAAGCGGGAACGGCAUUCAAUAUGUUAAGUUCGACUAUGUUAAGAGCGGAAAAACUGAAGAAGCCCCUCUUCGCGGUGUCAAGGGCCAUAGUAUCGCAGCUUACCCGCAUCUACAGUUUGUGAUUAACAAUCCAGAGGAGCAUCUAGUUUCGGUAGAAGGUUGGUAUAACCCUGAAGGUCUCAUUCAAGGGCUUAAGUUCAAAUCCAACAAGAAGACUUUUGAUGUCAUUGGAUACGAAGAUGGUACUCCAUUUAGGCUCCAAUUUCAAGACAAGAAGAUCAUUGGCUUUCAUGGGUUUGCCGGAGAUUAUGUCCACUCUCUAGGAGCUUACUUUGCUCCAUUAUUAACUUCCAGUACUCCUUUGAUCCCUCCUAUUAAGCAAGAGGCAGGGGGAGGUACCGGAGGAGCCUCAUGGGAUGAUGGUGUACACGAUGGCGUUAGAAAGGUGCAUGUAGGGCAAGGCCAAGACGGUGUGUCGUCUAUCAAUAUCGUGUACAAGAAGGGUUCUCAGGAGGUUGGAAGAGGUGAACAUGGCAAGAAAAGGCUUCUUGGAUUCGAAACGUUUGAGGUUGAUGAAGACGACUACAUCGUAGCAGUGCAGGUGACCCACGACAAAGUAUAUGUUCUUGGAUUCGAAACGUUUGAGGUUGAUGAAGACGACUACAUCGUAGCAGUGCAGGUGACCCACGACAAAGUAUAUGGCCAAGUCUCUGACAUCAUCACAUCUCUUACCUUCUAUACAUUCAAGGGUAAAACCUCUCCACCCUAUGGGUUGGAAACCGAAAAUAAGUUUUUACUCAAGGGCAAAAAUGGUGGAAAACUUGUUGGGUUCCAUGGACGUGCUGGUGAAGCUCUACAUGCUCUUGGAGCAUAUUUUGCUACAACCACAACUCCUUUGACUCCUUUGACGCCUCCUCCCAAGAAACUAUUGGCAAUUGGUGGUGAUAAAGGAAAUGCAUGGGACGAUAAUGCUUACGAUGGUGUUAAAAAAGUGUACGUAGGACAAGCCCAAGAUGGUGUAUCUGUCGUUAAGUUCGUGUACGACAAAGACGCUCAGGAUAUUGUCGGAGGUGAACAUGGAAAGAGUACCUUACUUGGAUUCGAGGAGGUACUUAGAUUUUAUUUUAUAUCAAAAUAUAUUUUAUAUUUAACAAUAAAAGAAAAACAAUUAGCGAUGAGCAUAUUGGUUUAUAUUAUUUGGUUCAAGACUAAUAAGAAAACGUCUUCUCCCUUUGGACUUGAAGCUGGCACAGCCUUCGCACUCAAAGAGGAAGGCCACAAGAUCGUCGGGUUCCAUGGAAAAGCCAGCGAGUUGCUUCAUCAGUUUGGAGUCCAUGUUAUGCCGAUCACCAACUGA